AUGAGGACUUACCAUUGCCUUCCACUGAUCAUCUGGACUUGCAUGCUUCAUACAGUUGACAACAUCCCAUUACAAGCAAAGGACAGCAGUUACUUAUUAAGAAGGAUAGUGAAUCUGACAAAAGAUGAUGGGAAAAUGCUCCAUCGCACCAAGCGUGGCUGGAUGUGGAACCAGUUCUUCUUGUUAGAAGAGUACACAGGUACAGAUACUCAGUAUGUAGGAAAGCUUCACACUGACCAAGAUAAAGGAGAUGGAAAUUUAAAAUACAUUUUGACAGGAGAUGGGGCUGGCAAUCUGUUCGUUAUAGAUGAAAAUACAGGAGACAUUCAUGCUGCAAAGAAAUUAGACAGAGAAGAAAAAUCCCUGUAUAUUCUUCGUGCCAAGGCUAUAGACAGAAAGACUGGGCGGCAAGUGGAGCCAGAAUCUGAAUUCAUCAUUAAAAUCCAUGAUAUCAAUGACAAUGAGCCAAAAUUCACAAAAGACUUGUACACAGCCACUGUUCCUGAGAUGUCUGGAGUUGGUACCUCUGUUAUUCAAGUGACUGCCACGGAUGCGGAUGAUGCCAACUACGGGAACAGUGCCAAAGUGGUCUACAGCAUACUGCAAGGGCAGCCAUAUUUUUCAGUGGAUCCAGAAUCAGAUAUUAUUAGAUACUCUGUUGACCGGCAUACUGAUAUGGACCGGGUUUUCAGUAUUCACUCAGAAAAUGGCUCUAUCUUCACUCUGAAGCCUCUGGACAGGGAAUCAUCCCCUUGGCACAAUAUCACAAUUACAGCCACAGAGAUAAAUAACCCAAAACAAAGUAGCCAAAUUCCUGUCUUCAUCAGAAUUCUUGAUAUAAAUGAUCAUGCUCCGGAAUUUGCCAUGUACUAUGAAACAUUUGUUUGUGAAAAUGCAAAAUCUGGGCAGUUGAUUCAAACAAUAAGUGUCAUGGACAAAGAUGACCCUCCCCGAGGACACAAGUUCUUCUUUGAGCCAGUGCCAGAAUUUCCUCUCAACCCAAACUUCACAAUUGUAGACAAUAAAGAUAACACAGCAGGAAUCAUAACUCGAAAAGAUGGGUACAGCCGCACCAAAAUGAACACCUACCUCCUGCCAGUUUUAAUCUUUGACAAUGAUUACCCUAUUCAAAGCAGCACAGGCACACUCACUAUCCGUGUGUGUGCAUGUGAUAAGCAAGGAAACAUGCAGUCCUGCAACGCCGAGGCCCUGAUGCUUGCUGCUGGCCUGAGUACAGGAGCCCUCAUUGCGAUCCUGCUUUGCGUCCUCAUCCUGCUCACUCUAAUCGUGCUGUUUGCUGCAUUGAAGAGGCAACGAAAGAAGGAGCCUCUGAUCAUUUCAAAGGAUGACGUCCGGGACAAUAUUGUGACCUAUAAUGAUGAAGGUGGUGGAGAGGAAGAUACCCAGGCUUUUGACAUUGGCACAUUAAGGAACCCGGAAGCAAGAGAAGACAGUAAACUCAGAAGAGAUGUCAUGCCUGAAACUAUUUUUCAGAUAAGGAGGACUGUACCCCUGUGGGAAAAUAUUGAUGUACAGGAUUUUAUCCACCGGAGAUUAAAAGAAAACGACUCAGACCCAAGUGCACCUCCUUACGACUCCCUGGCCACUUAUGCCUAUGAAGGGAAUGAUUCUGUAGCCAAUUCGCUCAGCUCCUUAGAAUCUCUCACAGCUGACUGUAACCAGGAUUAUGAUUACCUUAGCGACUGGGGACCUCGGUUCAAAAAACUCGCAGAUAUGUAUGGAGGUGAUGAGAGUGACCGGGACUGAGUCCUGUAU